GUGUCUGCCUACAACAUUGUGUGCAUUGGUUAUCAUGAUACUCUCCUGGAAUCCACCUCAAAACAAAAAUACUAUCCCAUAGCAUGACCCCCGCCACCAACAUCCCUCCCUUUGCAGUCCUUAAACAAGUAAGCCACAGGUGGACCUUGGACUCCUACUGUAGGUGAAUUACUGUGAGAAUGAUAAUGGAUUUUACAAUCUGGUGUGGCUAUGCAUGCGUGGGUGUAGUGUCUCCAGUUGAGACAUGAACAUGGGAGGGGGGCUAAAGUCCUGGCGUGUGUCACCUCCAUGGACUCUGGAGCCAGACAAUGACAUCAUGCUCAGCCUGGUUUGCCCAACCGCGCUUGUCAUUCCUUCAGUUGAAGUGUAUAUUUGUGUUCGGGACUGAGGAGUUGAUUUGGUUUUUGAUACCCUGCUGGCUGCACCUGAAGAGGUGAAGGAUGAGGGGUCUGAGAUGUUGCCUGCUAGCGUUGCUGGCUACACUGCUUGGUGGAAGAGGAGCAGGGUGUCAGCCCAUCCAGGCCGGGAACCUCCACCUGUUAACCACGGAGGAGCACAAACUAGUGCUCAACCGCCAAAUGAAAGGAGUGCUGCCCAGGGACUGCCAUGAGAUGCUGAUGGCCUCAUCGGGCCAGGCCAGAGACGGCCUCUACCUGAUCCAGCCGGGGCGGUUCCCUGUCCUGGCGUCCUGCGCCAUGCAGGAGGGCGGCUGGACCGUGGUGCAGCACAUCACCGUCAACAGCAGCGUGAGCUUCGACCGCACCUGGGCCGAGUACCGGCAGGGCUUCGGCUCCCUGACGGGGGACCACUGGCUGGGGAACCAGCACCUCCACGACCUGACCCGGGGGCCCGGGCGCUACACGCUGGGGAUCAACCUGGUGGAUAAAGACGGCGUCAGCAAAGCCGGGGAGUACGACCCGUUCCUGAUCGAGGACGAGGCGGCGGGCUUCUGGCUGAGGCUGGGGCUGUACCAGGGCACGGCGCUGGACGCCCUCACGCAGGACACGGAGAACUACCUGCACGACAACCAGAGGUUCACCACCAAGGACCGGGACAACGACAACUACUUCCAGAACUGCGCCAAGCUGGAGUUUCAGGGCGUGGCGGGGGGGGGCUGGUGGUACGACGCCUGCGCCGGCGCCAACCUCAACCGCAGGAACGUCAUCUACUGGCAGAAGGACUGCCACAAGGAGCACCUGUGCAAGUACGCCUGGAUGAUGAGGUGA